AUGGCAAGGAGGCGUUUAGAGGUAACCGUUGUUUCUGAGAGAGACCUCAACGAUGUAAGGAAAUUGUUCAAAAUGAAGGUCUACGCCAUGGUUGGCCUGGCUAGCAGUGACCAACACCACUUCCAGAAAACCCACAUCGACAGAGAAGGCAUGACUGAUCCCACCUGGAAUGUCACCAUGACGUUUACUGUUGAAGAUGAUCCGGAUCUGAAUCAGGAUAAGCUCAUCUUCAAGCUCUUUUGUAAACGCAAGCUGGGCGACAGGUACAUCGGAGAGGUGAGUAUGCCUGUCCAAGAUCUCCUCAGAACAGCCUCCGACACCGGCGGUACUCUUACACAACAAAUCACCAGACCAGUUAGGCUCGAAAGCGGGGGUACACAAGGUGUACUGACUUUCUCGUAUAGGUUUCAUGAAAAAUUUGUUGGCGAAGAGUUGGGUGUACAGACGCCCCAGUUGCCGGGCCAAGAGCAGCAGCAACAAUCACCACCGCCGCGUUCAACCCUUGGCCAAUUUCUAGUGUCGACGGCGCAGCUGGUCGUGACGUCGGUUGCAACCGAAGCGAUCAUAGAAUCAAUCAUGCAAUGA